AUGUCGCGUCCAAAGCAUAGAGAUAUAGCCUGCGCUCGCUGUUUCCGACUCAAGCGGAAAUGUGACCAUGCAAAGCCAUCGUGCAGCGAAUGUCGUCGCAAAGGCGCCGAAUGCUUACCGGCCAGGUCUCGGAAAGCCGGUGAUAGCAUCACGGUUCCACUCAGUUAUCUCAAGCAACUGGAAACAGAGGUCGCGGAACUAAACGCGCGCAGUAAGUCCGUGGAAAGGGACACUUGCGAUGCGGGAGUUCAAACGGACUUCGAUUUGGACGAGUCUCGGCAAUUGGCCAGCCCCGGUGGCAUUGCACGUAGCCCUCAAUGUCCCGAUUGGCAAUUAUCUAACAAGCCAGAGCGAUCGCCUGGAUUUUGGCCAUUGGAUAUGUUCUCUUUGUUACCAGACUCUUCUUUUGAUCUACCGUGGGUUGACGUGGCGCCCUUGUGUACAUUCAACAGUGACGAUACGCCAUGGCUGAAGGAAUUGUACGCAAAUAUGUACUUCUCAGUCACCCAACGCGAGUGGCCCUUUUUGGAUGAAGCCGUUUGGAAAACAUGGCAUAGCCAAGGUGUCUCGCAAGGGCAAGAUGAAUGGAGGAUCUUUUUCUUGCAGAUGGUGUAUGCAAUUGGAGCAUCCCUCUCCAGUACUCUACAUCGCGAUCCUUCACACUCUGUACGAUCACACGAUUUUUAUACCGUGGCAAUGCGAUACUAUCCACAUGUGGUUGGGCAUUCGUCCAUGUUGCUGCAAAUCCAGGCCUCGCUUCUGAUGAUAUUGUAUGCGUUGCAUUCUCCUUCCUCCGAAGAAAUUACAGCGAGUGUCAGUUCCGUUUUGCCAUUUUGCGUGGCUACGAUGGCAGAGAUUCGAAAGUAUGCAUUCGAAUCGAGAGAGAGCGCGGGGAUAGAGAUUGAUGAUGUCCUCCUGGAGAAGAUGUUCAUUACAUGUUACAUGCUCAAUGAGGUUAUUGUAUCUGGCUGGGAUAGGCCAGUAUCCAUUUCAUAUCGAGUGGUGGACGAUGACAUGUGCGCCCUUGGAGAUGAUUUACAGCCAGCUCAAGAUGUUGGUUCCGCUCUAAGUCACCUGUUCAGACUGCGCAAGAUUCAAGCAAACAUGAGGAGAUCUCGGGAGAACAGGUCUUGUGGGGAUCUCGGAGAUGUCAAGCGACAUCGAUCAUUGUUCAAGCCAGCUUUGGACAGAUGGAGACAGGACAUUCCACAGAACACAUUGACGAAUGUUCAAUGUGGUUAUCUUCAUCCGGUGUGGAUGCAGAAGUUGUACGACUACAGUCUUUUGAUUCUGGGAGAAGGAGCAAGAACAUUCGAAGAGAUGGAUGAGAUAAGGGAUACUCUUGUCGCGAUCGUGGAUGUUUGUCACAACUUCCGGAUGCUACAAGAGGAAGGCCAUGUGAUGUGCUAUACCUGGUCUGCACUUGUGUUCCAGUUCCGCGCUGGUAUCACGCUCCUCUAUAUUGUCUGGACGGUGAAAGGCAGCUCUGAUAACAAGGGCCGACAAGUCCAAUCAACCGCCCAGGAGGCCAUUUCUACUUGCGCUGCCAGUCUCAAUGCCUUUGCUCACCGCUGGCCUGAUGCAAUACCGUACAUGCGUGUGUUUGAGUUCUUGCAACAAAAGGUCGGAUGGGCCGGGGAUGGAAUCGAGUUGGAACCCACUGCUUUGGUUCUGCUCGAAGAGGCUGAAUUGCAGUUGGAGCAAUUGAAGAAGAGGUAUCUACACCGAGCUGUUCUUGGGAUGAUAGAGGAAAUGAUGUAUGGAGGAAGUAUACAAGAAGAGCUUGUGGGAAAUGAUUUGAUGGAAUUUUUAGAAGGCGAGCAGGCUUAG